AUGUUUGGCUAUCCAUUAUGAAGAGCAUUUCCAAUAGCAUGCCCUUUUCAUCAUAUCAAGCCAGUGAUAAUGGAAAUUAUAAACUCAAUUGAAAAUAUGAAUUUACUUUACCUUAGCUAGUUAGUGUUUAAGGUUUCUAGUGCCUGCUAUAUAUAGGGACUAAGCCAACUAGUGACGUCACUGAGCCAUUUUUGAAUCGCGGUGGUCAGCCUACCGGCUAAGCCUUUUACGAAGCUUCGCCUCCAGUUUGCCUCACAUCUCACCCGCGCGUUGCCGUUGCUCUGCCCUGAUUUAGCUCCUGCGCGUGUUCUACCUAAGGGUCAUCCUCCCGUGGGGAUGUGCUUAAGGGUAAAGCCCUAAGCCCCUUAAUGCACUGAGGAGCAGUUAUCUCCAAAGUUAAACUGCCAUCGCUGUGCAGAGGUUCUCGAGGGAAAACCCAACUCCAUAAAUAAAAUUCCAUGAGGGAGAGAAAAUUAGCAAAGCUAAUUUCUCUCGGACCGAAUGCCAUUUUAUAAUGCAAAUACGGAUUUAGCAUUAAGAAAUAGUAACCCUUUAAAAUUGGAGCAAAGCAUUAGUAGCAUUCCAUUUUUAAGAUAAAUACCCCUUUUUUAAUUGAAACAAAAUUUUAUUUGCAUAAAUAGCUUUGAUCUAAUUUAAUCGGAGGAAUGCAAUCAAUACUAUUUUAACAGUUUUGCACUGAUCGAUUUGUUUUAAAUAAAUUCAUUAUAAAAUAAAUUAAAAUAUAUCAUUAAUUUUUUUUAUGAAAAAAUUCAUAUAUUAAUUUUUUCAAAUCCCAUUAAAAUUGACGACUUUUUUUCUCUCAAUUUAUUUUAUCGCAAAACUUCAGAGUACUUGUUUAUGAAAAUGCUGAAGAAAUAGCUUCAGACUAUUUUGCAUUUGGAUUAUAUUCUGCUCAAAAUUAUGGGUAUUUGAAAACUAUAUAGAGGCAUUUACAUUAAAUACUUCUGAAGCUUGGAUAGUUAUUAUGGAACUUCUUCAAUAUAUUGAUGAUUUUUAUAGUAGCUCUUUAGAUGAGAUUGAUAAAUACUCACAAAGCGCCAUUGAUAAUCAAAUGGCAGUUAUAGCAGCAGCACUGAUUAUCUUUAUUUUUAGCUCAUUUGCGGUUUAUUUUGGAUUUUAUUUGCAGUUCUUCAGAAAUGAAAAAAAGUAUAUGAGGAAAAUUAAUUCGAUAUUGAAAAUUAUGCCGAGUAAAAAAUAA